GUGACGUCACAUCAACUUGAGUCCAAUGCCGACAACACGCUUACUCUGAUAUUAGGGAUUCAGAAAUUUUUUUCUUUUUUUAAAGUAAAUCGCCUUAUUUUAUCUUAUUUGUAAGCAGAAACUAACUAAUUACAAAAAUGAUUAUAACGUUGAAAACAUUAAAACAGCAGACUUUUAAAAUUGAAGUGGAGGAAUCUGAGUCGGUUAGAACAUUUAAGGAAAAAAUAGAAGCACAUAAAGGUAAUGAAUUUCCUGCAAAUUGCCAAAAGCUGAUAUAUGCAGGAAAAAUUCUUAGUGAUGAUACGAAAAUUAGUGAUUAUGACAUUGAUGAAAAGAAAUUUGUAGUUAUUAUGGUUACUAAGCCUCAAAAUUCUCCUCAUGAGGAAAGUUCGUCAGAAAGUGCCCCUACUGCUGCUCAGGCGGCAACUAAUGUAACAAGUCAGACUCCUUCCAAACCAGCAGCUGUUCAAGAAACUGUUGAAAAACCUUCUGAUGAUAAAUCAAGUGUUGCAGAUUCAAAAUCCGAGUCUAAAUCAGAGACUACUGAAUCAGCUGAUGACAAAAGUGAGACCAGCCUUACUUCUGUGAAUGUUGAAGGUUUAGAUAUAUCAGCUGCAGAAUCCACUUUAGUGUUAGGUGAAGAUUAUGCAAGAAUGGUUUCUCAAAUUGCUGAAAUGGGUUAUGAAAGAGAGGAUGUAGAAAGGGCUUUAAGAGCUAGCUUUAAUAAUCCUGAUAGAGCUGUUGAAUAUUUGCUUACUGGUGUGCUUCCUGCUGAACACGAACCUCAAAGUGAAUCACCUCCUGCUCCUAAUACACAAUCUAGCAAUAAUAGUUCAGUUACAGCAGGAAGUGACAGUGAACCUCUAUCAUUCUUGAGGAAUCAGCCUCAGUUUCAACAAAUGAGGCAAGUGAUACAGCAGAAUCCUCAGUUAUUAAAUGCAGUUUUGCAGCAGAUAGGACAAAAUAACCCUCAAUUACUUCAGCUUAUAUCUCAGAAUCAAGAGGCAUUUGUUAGGAUGUUGAAUGAACCUGCAAUAUCCAGUCAGGGAAGUAAUGCCUCACCUGCAACUGGUGGUGUUGCUGCUACAGGAGGUGCUGGUAGUUUUCCUUUGGAAUCUUCCUUAAGUCAAGCAACAUCUCAGGUUUCACCUCAAGACAGAGAAGCCAUUGAACGAUUAAAAGCAUUGGGAUUCCCUGAGUAUUUGGUCAUUCAAGCGUAUUUUGCCUGUGACAAAAAUGAAAACCUUGCUGCUAAUUUUCUUUUAUCUCAAAAUCUUGAUGAUUGAUUAAGUCAUACUUAAUGUAUAUCAGAAUGCAGAUGCAAAGAGAACUUGUUUUUUACCUUUGCUCAUUUCCAAGAUGAUCUACAUAGUAGGCACUAUCAGAACUGAUAACUCAAAUAUAAAGCAGAUGUACUUCUCUAAAAUGAACAUUGAAUUAAAUAAUGCCAUUAACCAGCCAUUGUCCAUUUGAUUAAAUGCAUAUGUACAUACAUUUUUUUUUUUUUUUUUUUUUUUUCUGUUGUGCAUGUUACAAUAUUUUGAAAAUACUUUAAAAAAAUUCCUUUUCAUAAAAUUUUUCCUCUUGAGAUUUUUGUGUUUUGCAAGCUGAGAUUUUCUUUAUUGAGUUCAUAUACUUCCAGGCUUGUUUGUUGCAAUAAAUUCAUUUUAAAGAAAAAAAAAAAAAAAGAGGUUGUAUUUUUCUUUAUUUAUGUUGAUUGCUGUACAUUUGAAGUAUGUUUAACGUCAUGUUGUUGCUCAGAUAUAACAUGUACCGUAUUGGCAAAAAUUAUAAAGUUUUAGUGUGUUUCUGUUUUGAACUUAUGAAAUAAGAAUUACUUGAAAUAAAAUCUUUAAUAUUCUCAUGCA